UUUCCUCUUAUUUUGCGCCAGUUACACGAUGACGUAAACGUCGAGGUAGCUACCGUCGACGCUGCCGCUGUCGCCUCCGCGGCACCACGUGCUGGCGAUUACUCUUCCACCGACGAAGCCAUAGAGACGCCUCUUGCAAGUGAUCUUGACAUCGAGCCGGAUGCGGCGGAGAAGGUGCCCCAUGGCUCUGACCACGUGCCAGUCUUCCUCGAGACUUCCGUAGCGGGCCUUUCGCCACGUCUUACCAACUGCAUUGUGCGUCUUUUUAUGUCCAUUGUGAUGAUUGGUGGUUUCCUCUUUCUCAUCUACCUCGGCCCACUAGCUCUGGUGCUGUUGGUGCUGUGCCUUCAAUUGGCGUGUUUCAAGGAGCUCAUUCACAUUGGUCAUGUGGUCUACCGAACACACAAUUUGCCGUGGUUUCGCACACUUUCCUGGAUGUUUCUCUUUACCUCCAACUACUUCUUCUUUGGUGAGAGUCUUAUUGGACGCUUCCGUAUCCUCCUGGCCAAAGAAGACUUUUUAGCACCACUGGUGGUGCAUCAUCGUUUCAUCUCCUUCACUCUCUACUGCGGUUGCAUUGUCGCCUUCGUUUUAAGUCUCGUGCGACGCCACUACCUUAAGCAGUUCACUCUGUUUGGAUGGACACAUGUCUCCCUUCUCAUCAUCGUCUCCUCUUCUCACUUCAUGAUUCAAAGCAUUUUCGACGGUCUCAUUUGGUUUUUAGUGCCCGUUGCUAUGGUCAUAUCCAAUGAUAUUUUCGCCUACGUUUUUGGGAUGCUUUUUGGCAAGACUCCACUAAUCAAAGUGUCCCCGAAGAAGACGUGGGAGGGCUUCAUCGGAGGCGGCAUCUCAUCCCUUCUUCUUGGCCUACUUGUGGCUUGGAGCAUGAUUGAUAAGAAGCACUUUAUCUGCCCUAUCGAAUAUGACGAUCGCAUGGGUGCUCUCUCCAUGGAUUGCGUGCCUGACGCCAUCUUCAUCCCACGCAUGUACAAUGUCUCUCGAUGGCUAUUUUUUGUGCCAGUUAAGCAAGUGGCUUGGUACCCCUAUUUCUUCCACUGCAUCCUCAUUGGCGCCUUUGUCUCCAUCAUUGGACCGUUUGGCGGCUUCUUCGCGAGUGGAUUUAAGCGAGCCUUCAAAAUUAAGGACUUCGGCGACGUUAUCCCCGGCCAUGGGGGUAUACUCGAUCGGUUCGAUUGUCAGAUAUUCGUUGGGUGGUUUAUAUUCUUCUACUACAACUCAUUCGUUAAGCCACUAACGCCGGGCAGUCUGCUGCAGCAGGUGUUUGUACUCCCCCGACAUGAACAGUUGGCGGUACUGAACCUCUUCCUUGAUGGCCUACUUCGACGCGGCCACGUGCCACGUGAGUUGGCAGAACCACUGAUCGCCUAUGGAGAGGAAGUGAGGGCUAUCGAGGCACCCUGA